AUGGCCCUGGCGUCUUGGGUUGCGCGGGCUCUGCGGCCCGGUCGGGGCGCCCUGGUGGAAAGGCUGAGCGCGCGACCCCGGCCAGCGCUCCCGGGGCCGAGUCGGGCCGGUUUCGCGGGGGCGGCAGGCGGCCAGGGUGCGGGCCGUGUGAUCCGCCGGGGGAGCCCGCGGUGGCUCGGAGCGGCGGCGCUGACCCUGGGGGGCGCGUUGGGGCUGUACCACACCGCGCGGUGGCACCUGCGCGCCCAGCACCUCCGCGCCGAGCCCUCGGCCGUGCAGUUGUCCCUGUCCAGUCGCCUGCAGCUGACCCUGUACCAGUACAAGACAUGUCCCUUCUGCAGCAAAGUCCGUGCCUUCCUGGACUUCCAUGCCCUGCCCUAUAAGGUGGUAGAGGUAAAUCCCGUCCGAAGGGCUGAGAUCAAGUUCUCCUCCUACAGGAAGGUGCCCAUCCUGGUGGCCCAGGAAGGUGACAGCUCGCAACAACUAAAUGACUCCUCCGUCAUCAUCAGUGCCCUCAAGACCUACCUGGUGUCGGGGCAACCCUUAGAAGAGAUCAUCACCUAUUACCCAUCCAUGAAGGCCGUGAAUGACCAGGGCAAGGAGGUUACCGAGUUCUGCAACAAGUACUGGCUCAUGCUGGACGAGAAGGAGGCCCAGCAGAUGUAUGGAAGGAAGGAGGCGAGGACGGAGGAGAUGAAGUGGCGGCAGUGGGCGGAUGACUGGCUGGUGCAUCUCAUCUCCCCCAAUGUGUACCGCACGCCCACGGAGGCCCUGGCCUCCUUCGACUACAUUGUCCGAGAGGGAAAAUUUGGGGCUGUGGAGGGUGCCAUGGCCAAGUAUGUGGGUGCAGCCGCCAUGUACCUCAUCAGCAAACGCCUCAAAAGCAGGCACCACCUCCAGGACGAUGUGCGUGAAGACCUCUAUGAGGCUGCCAACAAGUGGGUGGCAGCCGUGGGCAAAGACCGGCCCUUCAUGGGGGGCCAGAAGCCAAACCUCGCCGACCUGGCGGUGUAUGGCGUACUGCGUGUGAUGGAGGGUCUGGAGGCCUUCGACGACCUGAUGCAGCACUCGCGCAUCCAGCCCUGGUACCUGCGGGUGGAGAAGGCCAUCGCCGAGGCCUCCCUCACACACUGAGCACCCCCUCCCCGGGGAGGGGAAGACACAGAAGAAGACAGCAACUGGGGGCCAGGGCCCCUAGUGAUGCUGGCAGGGGCACGGGCAUUCCUGUCUCAUGUCCGCUCUGCUCCCUAGUCCUCUGCUUCUAACACUGGACAUUUCUGGGACCCGUAAUGCUCGGGGCAAGACCCAGGCAUAGCGGGUUCUCUCACAGCUACUCUGAGAGUUGGUCUGGGGUCACAGAUGGACUGUUCCCCACUCUUGUCUCAGUGGUCUGAUCUCCUAUCCUGGGCCUCCUGUCAUUCAGCCUUCUGGAGCUUGGUGGCACCCUGGGGACAGGGAUAAGAAUGCCUCCCUCCCUGGACAAGACAAAGAGUCUGUUAGAGAGCCCAGCUACCAGUUCCCUUGGUUCUGGCUCUUCUCAGGUACCUCUGGGACUGUCUUGUAAUAAAGGAGAGGUCUGCUGCUCCCCUCAGGCAGCUACUGUA